CUCUCCGUAGGGCUUUUUUUUUCUUUUUCCUUUUUUUUUUUUUUUUUUUUUCCCUCUCUCUCGCGCGUGUGUGCGCGCUUCCUCGAAGACCCAGCCCCGGGCGAGGAGGAGGAGAAGGAGGUGGAGGCACAACGCAUGAGCGGCGGCGGCGGCGCCUGGGGAGGGGGGAUCGCUCGGGCAACCGCGGAGACUCCGCAGCAGCGCCCCAUGGAGCGGCACUGAGGGCCGAGCGGUGCCGCCGGAGCGGCGGGCUGGGGCGGGCGGCGGGAGAACUUCGUUCGGGGCCGGGGGCGGGCCGGGGCGCGCGAGGCAGCGGCGAUGAGUCUGGUGGGCGGCUUCCCCCACCACCCGGUGGUGCACCAUGAGGGUUACCCCUUCGCCGCCGCCGCUGCCGCCGCCGCCGCCGCCACCCGCUGCGGCCACGAGGAGAACCCCUACUUCCACGGCUGGCUUAUCAGCAGCCACCCGGAGAUGUCCCCCCCCGACUACAGCAUGGCUCUGUCCUACAGCCCCGAGUACGCCAACGGGGCGCCGGGCAUGGACCACUCCCAUUACGGGGGGGUGCCGCCCGGGAGCGGCCCGCCCGGGCUCGGGGGGCCCCGGCCGGUGAAGCGCAGGGGCACGGCGAACCGCAAGGAGCGGCGCAGGACUCAGAGCAUCAACAUCGCCUUCGCUGAGCUGCGCAAGCUGCUGCCCACGCUGCCCCCCGACAAGAAGCUCUCCAAGAUCGAAAUCCUGCGCCUGGCCAUCUGCUACAUCUCCUACCUCAUGGACCUGCUGGCCAAGGACGACCAGAACGGGGAGGCGGAGGCUUUCAAGGCAGAGAUCAAGAAGACGGACGUGAAGGAGGAGAAGAGGAAGAAGGAGCUGAAUGAAAUCUUGAAAAGCACAGUUAGCAGCAGCGAUAAGAAAACCAAAGGGCGGACAGGCUGGCCGCAGCACGUCUGGGCGCUGGAGCUCAAGCAGUGAGCGCAACGGGGGCCCUGCUCGGCGCACCCCGAGGACUCUCGCGUUCGGAACCAUCCCGCUUAUUUAUGUGCAAUUUCUCCCCCACCCCCCUAAAAUGUGGAUAUUUGAAGGAGAGGGAAAAAGCAUUCCAUAGAUGGCUAUGAAGAAGAAACUCCGGCUUGGUAAGGGGUAAUAACGUCUCUAAUCGUUUCGUGAAUGUUAUUUGCUCUAUAUAAAACCCACGGGGAAAAACAGAACCGUAGAGAAGAAGAAAGGAGAGGAAAAAAAAACCCAAACAAACCAAUCCCUCCCUGGCAUUAGUGUGUAUGUGAAGUGUAUCUUUAAUACUUGGCCGUUUGGAUAUAAAUAUUCCUGGGAUUAUAAAGUUCUAUUUCAACAGAAGCAGUUGCACCCGCGUUCGGUCGGCUCCGUAUUUCGUGUCGUGAUUUUGUUGUGAUUGUUCGGUAUUCUGAGAUGUUUUUUCGGCAGUUAUUGGUUAUGUGCACUUCCGUCCAUAAGGGAAAAAGUGGAAUCUAAUUAAUAUUGAAGGUGUAAGCGUUGUAAGUACUCAAUAAACCACUGUGUGUGUUUUUUACAAAAGAAAAAA